AGUUGGGCCCAACUUCAAGAACUGGGUUUGCUUUGCUAGUGCUGAUGCAGUCCCUUCCUAAGCCUGCGGAGGUGAGGAAGGUGGGAAUUUGCCAAGGUGAAGGCCACCUGUUGUCUUUCAGAGAACCCCCUCAGCAUCACCUCGAAGGUCAAACCCUUAGCUUCUGAAGGUUUAUGGUUAGGAGUGGUUGGCCUACAACUAGUCUGAACACCAGUGGAUAGUGAGAACAGGGGGCCAUUUAUCCAUAGAGCCAGCUGGUGGGUCAUUUAAACAGCGGACGGGCAGGGGGCUGGGCUGAAAAGAGAUGCACAAGGUUCUAUUUCUGACCAAAUGUGUGUGUCCUGAGGCAAGUCGGUUUACCUCGUGGGCCUAGGAUUCCUCAUCUGACAUAAAAGGAGCUUGGUCUGGUGUUCUCCCGGGCCCUUGCAGUGUAAAGUUCUGUGAUACUUUGGCAAAAUGAAAAUUAUGCAAAGAUAUAUUUCUAAAUGACGGCAACGAUAAGUAAUGAAAUACAUAAUGUUGUGUUUUGAGAAAUCAUGCAUAAUCCAUAAUUGCAUUUAUGUGAAGUUCAAAAUUAGACAGAAAUCAUCUGUGUGACGGAGGUCAGAAAGCUAGUUAUCUUUGGAGGGAGGUUGACUGGGAGGGGGUAUGAGGCAGCCUUCUGGGUGCUGGAAAUGUCCUGUAUUGUUCCUAAAGCCAAUACCAUGGUUAAAAAUUAAGUUUCCUGUUUUUGAGCUCAUAGGUUAGUAUAUAACAAAAUGUUUCUCAGAAGGGAGGGAAGGAGAGAGGGAGGAAGUAAAAAAAGGAAGGAAGAAAGAGGAGAGAGGAGGACAGCGGGAGGUUGCGGUUGCUUUGUGGCUUGUCAGAAGCAUUUCCCAAAGUGUCUUUUUGGAACAUUAGACCCUCCAUUGUCUCUGUCAAUACAGAUUCUGCUUAGAAAGGGUGUGGGAAAGGCUGGGUUAUACAAAGAAAGCAGGUUUAUUUUUUAUGGAACUUCUGCAAGACUUCAGUAGGAUUGUGACUUCCCAGGAAGGCCUUGCGUGUAGCAUUUCCUGCACUUAUGUGGCUACAGAACUUUUUUGUCACAAAAUGUCUCUCAGGACUGAUGUCCUUCAGGGCUCCGGUUUAGGGAACUCUGUUUGAAAUACAGGCAACAACUGUAAAAUGUAACUCUUGAUCACAUGCAGUUGUGGCUGGUUAAAUAUGAGGACACUGAAUCAAUAAAUAAUUCCUUUCAUUUUUUCCAGCCCUUUUGUUAGAAUAUUUUAAAGCAGCUUUGCUGGAAACAAAUACAAAAACCAGAAACACCCGUUGCCGUCGAGUGGAUUCUGACUCACAGUGACUCUAUGGGACAGAGUAGAACUAACUGCUCCAUAGGGUUUCCAAGGAGUGCCUGGUGGAUUCCAGCUCCCGACCUUUUGGUUAGCUGAUUUUCCUGAACAGGCCAGGUCUCAGAAUUUUAUUCUCCUGCAGAGAAGCACGUCAGCUGGUUUGCAGUGACCAUCGUCACAACCUGUCCCCAGGGGAAGAUGUGCUGCCCCUGCACCCCAAAUGCCAUCUUCACUCUGACCAUAUAGGAAGAGUUAAGGUCCAAUUUUGUGAAUGCUGUAACCUGGCUGGCUUGCCGUGUCAGAUUAUUAAUGGACUCUUUUCUCUCUUUCUGGGGCAGGAUAAAAAAUGUCGGUACUCACUUCUCCAAGAGGGAAGACAGAAGUGGUUCAUUGCCGAAGAACAGAAUUGCAGGAUGUUUAUUGUAUUAAGAACCUCACAAGAAAAUUCACCCAGAAGCUAUUUGGGAGGCUUAACAUCAUCUAUCUUCUAGAAAAGGCAAACCUUGCUAUUACCCUCUGCAAUGACAAGGAGGAGGUCAUGGCCCAGGCCACCUUCGUGGACUAUCCCAACUGGAACAUUGCCAGGCAGGACGACUGGGUGUCAGUGUUCCGGGAGCUUGACAGUGAGAUCCCAUGCACGCCUCUGAACACGUUGUUCAUGCACCUCUUUGUGGCUGUGGACGAGUACUCCAUUGGCUGCUGCAAAGAGAUUAUUCGGACUGUGUUCAAGGCGGUGCCGGAACUCCACUUCAUAUUCCUCAUAGUGCCGUCCUACAUGAGCUUAGGCUCAACUCUCAUAACUGUUUUUGACCAAGUGGGGAGUGUCCCGUGUCUGACGUUUGAUGAGGACUUUGCCGUUUACAUAUGUCACAGGCACAGCCAUUACCCUCAAUUGCACAUUCGCGAGGCCAGGGUGGAAGAUCAUGAUGAUCUCAUGCCAAUAUUUAUGCGCUAUAACACAAUUCUGAAAGAAACCUAUGGAGAAUACUUCCUGGCUGAACUAAUAGAGGCCCAAGAUGAAGAAAACCAUGCUGUUGUGUGUGAGGUGGAGGGCGUAGCUGUUGGGUUCAUGAGUGUGUGCUCCACAGUGAACAUGCAGCUGCUGCACGAGUGCUUCGACUUGGGGCCGUUCCACGGACUCUGCAGACCUCAUCCCGAUGAUGUCCUGCAGCCGCUGCAAGAGCCGAGUGUCCGAGGCAGUAAAGAUACUGAGAUGAGGAGUAGCAGCCAGGGUUCCCAGAAAACCAUCGAGGAGCGCCAGAAAUCUGUCUCCCAUGAUGUCAUGGAAAGCAUCCAGGUAGCAGAAUCCCUGACCCACACCUGGGUGCUGUGGGAGGCUGGGGAUGACCUGCGACGUUGUAGCGUUUCCAUGGUGCUAAGGGCCUUAGACAUCUGGCGCAGGAAGCGCCUCGCUGGCACUAAGGACAUAGAAAAACUCAUCAAGAUUUCCGUUGGUAAGGAGGUGGAACAUGAGGUCAGCAUCCAGAGUUCAGCUUCUGUCUCACUGCAGGAGGAGAUAUGCAACUUCCGCCCCACCUACAGGGGACCAUCAGCAGCUUUUUGUAUUCAGCUCUUUUGUAUUGAUGAGAAACAUGAAGCAAGGUCGCUGGACUUCAUGAAUUUUGUUUUCAGUCUUUUUCCUGACAAGGACUUUUGUAUAAUUUCUCUGCCGCACCUCACCCCUGAGUUUGUCCUCAUCCAGAACUUUGUGCGGAUGGUCCCCUUCAACAACUGCACCCUGGAACAGGAUCUCUAUGUCUUCCAUCGGGCUGGGCUGCUCAAAUCCAUUAAUAUUAGAUUGGCCACUGUCUCAGAUACUCCUGGUGUUGAAAAUCUCAUCAGUACCCUCAUGCUGAGUAAAAGCAUACUGGAUGAUUUAAACCAAUAUAAUACAGCUUGCAGAGACCCUGAAGGAACACCAAUGCAGGCAUUUGUAGCCGAAGUUGCAGAACAAAUAGUUGGCAUUGCAGUGAUAAGAAAUGAAAUGGAUAUUGAGUACAUACGGUCCCAUUAUAAUAUUGAAGAUUUCAUCUACUUCGGUCACCACCAGCGCGAGGAACAUGGGCACUUAUAUCACUUUGCCCUGAACCCCAUUUUCCGGCACUACACCAAAUUUUUUCUGAAGGAGAUUCUCCGUUUAGGCUUCAAGUCCUGUCUCUACUACCCUGUCUACUCGCACUGUAGGACCGGCAAGCUGCAGAGUCCCUACGCCCACUCCCUGACAUCUGCCCUUCAUUACUUGGUUCCCGUGCGACCACGACGACAGAUUGUCUAUCCUCUGGAAAAGCUUGGCAUCAAUGCUCCAUCAAAGGAGGUCUCCAAGGAUCUGUUGAAUUUUGCAUUGAACCACACAAACAGAAAACUAAUGUUGGAACCUAAAAUAACUGUCAAUGCCAAGAUCGUUGUGGUUGGUGCAUCCACUGUUGGAAUUUCCUUCCUAGAGACGUUGGUAUUUUGCCCACACUUGAAGUUUAACAAUCUCACCCUGAUUUCAACCCAUGGACUUCCAGGAAAGAACCUUCUGGCCACCGAACAAAGAAGGUUUUUAGCAAGCAACCACUGCUUUAGUGAUAAAGAUUAUGCACUGAUGUCGCUUUGCUCCUGGGUGAAUGUUGUGGUUGGUAGGAUGACCGGCAUAGACCGAGCAGCCAAGCACGUCGUGCUGUCCCAGGGAGAAAUCCUGCUGUAUGACCACCUCGUCCUCUGUACCGGGCAGCAGUACCAGGUCCCAUGCCCUUCGGGGGCUGAUAUUAGUCAGCACCUGACCAACAGAGAGGUUCCCCACAGUGGUAUGCGGCGGUACACUGACGUAGUGCCUUGCAAUCAUUUCACUCUCAACGAUGAGGAAGACUGCUCUAAGGCCCUGGCUUGGAUUAAAAACAACUCCAUCACUAUAGAAGGGAAUGUCAUUGUCUAUGGAAGUACAAUCGACACUUACACCACAGUGGAGGCGCUCUUAAACCUCGGCGUGAGGGGCUGCUGCAUCCACUUCGUUCAUCCGCCGCCCACCUCCACCAUCACCUGUAUCAACAACUACUCGGUGGAAAGCGCAGUGGCGGAUGCGCUCACAGCAGCGGGAGUGACCAUCUACCACGACGCGCUCCUGGCACAGUGGAACGACGGCCAGUACCCGGACCCCAUCAAGUGCGCCAGUUUCACCACACCCACCAAGCCCUUCAGACUUCAGUGCUCCAUGUUCCUCAGCUUCUGUGAAAAAAAUGUGGAAUUUGAAACUUUUAAAGCACUCAAUGAUGCAUGUCUUGUCUAUGACGGCCGACUCGUGAUUGAUGCCAACUUCCACACCAAUGACAUGGCCAUAAGAGCUGCUGGGUCCCUCACCAAGUUCUCCAAUAGAUAUUAUUCCAACGAGUGGACUCACAGCAACUUCAAUUCCAAAGAAAUUGGCUUUCAGCUUGCAGCAGCUAUGCUCAAUCUCUUCGAUCCAACCCUUGAACCUGUGACCGAGCCACCGGCUGAUCUUGAUCGACUCAUUCCCAUGUACAAGGGAGCCAAGAUCCAAGGAGGCAUUCUUCCUGGGUCUUACCAUUAUCUGCACAUUGCCAAGCCUGCUAUUCCAACUCCCUUGGAGGUACAAAUGGCUCAGCCUGAUUUUGGCUUAGAAAUAGUUACAGGUAAUGCAAAAAAUGGGAAUUACUUCAGAAUUCAUAUUAACAAGUAUAAGAUGGUAGAAACCAUCACCUGCCUUUCUAAGGAACCUUUCCCUGCCUCCAACUACAUCCGCUUGUUUGGCCAGCACGAGCAAGUCCUCAACAACCUGUGUGCUCGGUACGAGGACAUGCUGAUCACAGACCUCUACAGCUACUUCACGGAGCCGUGGUGCAUGGCCCUCUUCCACGAUCGUUUUAUUGAUCUCAGGAAAGAGUUGCGCCAAAUCUUAACCUCCAAGGAGGAGGAAGACCUUCCUUCCAUAGAACAGAUAGCCCAUCAAAUUGAAGACGAGGAAAUCAGCAUCCGUGAGAAGCCCCGGCAAUACCUCCAACGAGUUUUCCAGGACACCAUCUACAAAGCCCUGGUGGAGAAGAGCAUCCUUGGUUACCUGCACUACAACCAUUACCACCUGCCCAUGUAUGCGUGGCCCAGCAUCAUUUAG